AUGGAUCACAGCCGAGAGGAAAAAGAAAGUGUUGGACAUGUGGUUCGAAAUAUCAUCUCCAACGGGAUUGUCGGUUGUACAAUGCCGAGAAGAAGCGUACUGAGUCGGAAAACGAGCAAGAGUCGGGUCAAAGGAGUGGGCCCCGACGGUAAGAGAAGACACCCCACGGAAUAAGUCGAAUGGACAGAGACUUGUACAAAGAAAAGAUGGACUUUGUGUGGAAGGGAAGCUCGAAGGCAAAGUGAUGCAGAUGAUUCUAGACACUGGAAGUAACAUCUCAAUUGUUACCCCGCAACUGUUACGGAACCUUGCGAAAGAUUUGUCGUGUGUAGAACCUGUUCCAAACUGUUUAAAAUCUGUAACUGGGGAAAAGUUGAAUCUGUUGGGGGACCAUUACCCUUAAAUUUGCAAUUGGCAACCGAGAACUUUUGCAGUCAUUUUACGUGGCAGAUAUCGGUGAAUCGUGUAUUCUGGGUUUGGACCUUCUGCAGCAACAAAGGUGUCAACUCAACAUUACGGUUGGAAUAUUAUCAAUGGGAAAUGUUCAAGUCCAUCUUUUGUAUCCUUUGACGUACGAUUUGAACAUGCUUUGUUAUCGGGUGAUAGCACUUGAAGAUAUCAAUAUUCAAUCACAUACCGAGGCUGUCAUUCCUGCGAAAGUGGUUGAUUAUACUGGCAAGAAUGGGUGGGGAAUCAUUGAACCCGCUGACGAGGAAUCUAGUCCUGGAGUUUUCAUUGGUAAAGUUUUGACGAAAUUAACAAACGAACCCACAAUAGUUCCAAUACGAAUGGUUAACGUGACGGAGGAAACGCGUAAAGUUUUAGCUGGAACUGACCUGGCAAAAUGUGAGACAGUAAGCUUCGUUGUUUGUCCUGACUUUGAGAAUUGUUUCGAAGAAUCCACAACCCGAAACGAAAUACCGAAACAUCUAGCGGAACUUUACGAAAGUAGUACAAAAGAUUUGGUGAUGAGGACCAGAGAAAUAAAGUCCUGUUGUGCGAAAAUGCUACUGUGUUCUCCAGCAACUCUUCCGAUUUUGAAAGAACUGAUAUCGUGAAACAUCAGAUAAUAACUGGUUCAGCAAAACCAAUUAAGCAGCCUCCAAGACGGCUACCCCUUGCGAAAAGAGACGUGGCUUGCCAGGCGGUAGACAAGAUGCUGAAGGGCGGAGUUAUUGAAACUUCAACAAGCCCUUGGUCCUCAACCGUUGUAUUGGUCGCGAAAAAGAAUGGUACCCUUAGGUUCUGUGUAGACUAUCGGAAGUUGAACGAUGCGACAAUUAAAGAUUCUUACCCCCUGCCCAAGAUUGAUGACACUCUCGAUGCGUUAGGUGGUUCGCAAUGGUUUUCUAUGUUGGAUCUAAAGUCUGGUUUUGGCAAGUUGCUAUGGAUCCCGCAGACGAAGAAAAAACGGCAUUCAGCAUUAGCGGGAGUGUAUGGCAUUUUCGAGUAAUGCCAUUUGGUUUGUGCAACGCUCCCGCCACUUUCGAGCGAUUAAUGGAUCAUGUACUUGCCGGAUUAACCUGGAACGUUUGUCUUGUAUAUCUUGAUGAUAUAAUCGUUCAUGGCAGAACCUUCUCUGAGCAGCUGGAAAACCUACGGAAAGUGUUCACGUAUUUGAGGAAAGCUAAUCUGAAACUUUCUCCGGAGAAAUGUAAUCUGUUUCGCCGUGAAGUUAAAUACUUGGGACAUAUCAUCAGUUGUAAGGGCGUGGGAACAGGUCCCGCGAACAUCAAUAGUGUUAAGGACUGGCCUCGUCCAACGUACCUGGCUGAAAUGAGAAGUUUCUUUGGAUUGUGUUCCUACUACCGAACGUUUAUUCGAAAUUUCGCUGAGAUUGCAAAUCCGCUCACUCGCCUAACACAAAAGGAUGUACAGUUCGUAUGUGACUCUGAGGCCGAGAACGCGUUCCAACAGAUGAAAU